CAUGGCCAGUCUGCUCCAGGGGGAGAAGCAGCUCUUUGACAAGUUCUGGAGAGGAACGUUUAAAGCCGUGGCCACGCCCAGACCCGAGAGCGUCAUCAUCGCGAGCAUCGCCGCGCGCAGGGAAGCCAACAGAUUGGAGACGUCGGUGUGCGUGGCAGCGAAACCCAGCGAGAGCAAAUCGGAGCGAGCGGAGCAGGAAGUGAAGGAGACGGAGAAGAACAGGAGAAGGCACAGGAAACACCGGGGGCGUAAACGUCACAGCCGACGUCGCAGCCACAGUGUGUCGCUUGAUGCAGACUUCUCUCCUCGGCCAGCGGCCAAAGCUAAAAAGAAGAAGAAGAAAUCUGUAAGGAAGAGGAGGAGAGAGAGGUGUCACUCCUACAGUCCGUCACCUCUCCACAAGAAAAAGAAGAAGAAGAAGAGCUCGAAGAAGAGGAAGCAACACAGGGUUGCCUCGAAGAAGACAAGACACAGCUCCUCCAGUACCAGACGCAAACGGAAGGAUGACAGAAAACAUAAAAAGAGCUGCCGUAGUGAUUCUCGUUACAGACGACGAUCACAUAGAACAGACAGUUCUGACUGGAGAUGUUCCAGCACAGAGGGCAGAUGUGAAGACAGCAGUAAAUCAGGCUUUCAGCGCAGCAGCCACGGUUCAGGAGAGCGUGGAGGGUUUGAAUGGUGUUCAGCAGUGAAGCUUGCCACUAAAAUUCCCUCCAAGUGCACGGUCGUACACUCGCGUCCUGGGCUCGAACCGUCCAUCAUGCAGGACUCGGGGUGUGUUCAGGGUAAAGGACGCACAGAUUACGAUUCAGGAAAUGAUACGUCCUCUCCGCCGUCGUCUAAAACCGGUGUCUUGAGGGCGCAGGACGUGACAGACAGACAGGAGAAACUGAAAUUUAUGGACAAUUUGUCCGAUUCAGGAAACUCUCUGAGCAGCUACGAGUCUCUGAGUAAAGCCGAGCGCAGGGAGAGACGCCUUGAUGUGUCGGUUUUCAACAAGGUUAAAAGCGAAGAGUCGAGCAGCUGCGUUGGAUUCAUGAGCCAUCGGUCUCCAUCUGCUGUUAAAUAUCAUUAUCGUUCAGAAACUCGGUCUCGCAGCAGGAGCCGAUCGUCACGCAGUUCUCGCCACUGGGGGCGUUAUUUAUCCAGGAGCAGGUCUCCAUCCUCCAGUCGCAGGUCUUAUUCACGUUCGUCCAGUCACUCUUGUGACUCCAGGAGAGGCAGUGUGUGUAGCGUGAGCAGCCGACGAGGUGGAAAACAUUCGAGAUACACACCGGACCGCACCCGAGAGAGAAGAAGAAGCUCCAGUUCUUGUGAGAAGCCAUCAAAGCGAAGCAGGAAGCGCAGCAGGAGGAGAAUCUGUUCGCCGCUGAGGAAAAGGAGACGAGACUCACCCAGUCAUCUAGAGGCGCGGAGAAUUACCAGUGCAAGGAAGCGGCCGAUUCCCUAUUACCGCCCGAGCCCUUCCUCUUCCUCGAGCCGCUCGAGCAGCCUGUCGGCAUGGAGCCUAUUCUCCCUCAACCGCAGCCAAUCACGGAGCCCGCUCCACGGCCGCAGCAGGAGUCGCAGCCGUUCUUCGUACCGCAGUUACGGUCGCAGCUCGUCGCUCAGCUCCACCUACAGCAGCAGGAGCUACGACACGCUAGCCAGCUAUAACCGCAAUCGCCGCUAAUUUACAGACAAGGGUUUUUUUUUUCCUCCCCUUAAAAAAGUGACAUAUCACAAAUAUACGUAAUCUAGCAGAGGUGAAGGACAAGCACAAAUCUAAACAUAGAAGCUGGAUUUAUAGUGAAACAAUGUAAAAAUUGACAAGCUAAAUCUUACUCUGUUAGCGAGAUAUGACUAGCGAGAAGGAGCUAAGCAUUGCUAAGUUUAUCACAACAGCAUAGUUCCAGCUAAAAUUACAGUUAGUCGAACAUAAAGUCAAGAGAUGAAAUUUUACUUUAAAACAAGUUAAACAAAAAACUGAAAUUACAGAAACGAGCAAAAAUUAAAAUAAUUGUAUCUAACUUGGUUAACAAUGAAGCAGACUAGGAGCUAGCAAGGGGUGAGGCCAUUUAGAGAAAUAUAGAUAGAUACUUUAUUGAUCCUGAAGGAAAUUACAGUAAUACAGAAAUUUACACUAAAUCUAAGGUAAAGAUAGGGGUGUUUGUACGGUAACAAAAAAACAUGGGAAAAAAAAGUUCAAAAGAAUAAAACUGUGAAUGGAUACGGGAUGCCAUGUGGUGGGGGAAAAAACACCACAGAACACACUGGAACCUUUCUGUAUUUGGUAUCACUUUCUUUUCACUAGCAUUCCAAACGACUAGCAGGCUAAAUGAGUGUCGUAUGUGUGUGUUUGUGGGUGUGAGUGAGUAAAAAAAAAAAAAAGAACGUAAUUUUUUUGUUGUUUAGCCGCGCUACAGCAGUUAAAGCAACACAAGCUACAGUGUCCCUUCAGAUUAGUAACCUCGAGGCACACCAUUUACGCCUGACGUGUGAAUCCCUUUUUUAUCCGACCUGCCGUCACUUUCUCUCUCUCUCUCUUUACAUUUUUUUUCUCGUUUGAAGAAACGUUCAGAAAUCGCUCGAGGACAGAGAUGUAUGGCCUCCAUAACAGAUUUUACUGCUCUUCGGGAUUGUUUGACACCUGCAUCACAUUUUCUUCCUUUUGAAAAAUGUGCCACGCAGCAGAACGCACGCUUCAUCAACUCAAAUGCCAGCCGUAUUUUUCUUCCACCCGAGUGAAAGACAAUCCAAAUGCCAGUAGCCGUUACAGCGACGGUGCUUAUGACGGCGAUAAUGGCGGACGAUUUGAAUGAGACAGGAGCCCAUCUGUCUACACUAAACAGCUUCUUUUAUUUUAUGGGAACAUAAAUUCAUUGGUAUAUCUACAGUGUAAGACCUCUAAAUACUGAAUCAUUUAUCAUGCAGUGGGGAAUUGGCUUAGAUGUACAUACAGAGUUCUGACUUUAGACCAACUUUAUUUAUUUAUUUAUUUGUUUAUUUAUUUAAAUGCAAAGUAGUGUCCAGGUCAUGUGUAAAAAUUAUUUCCCAUGCUCCCACCACCACAUUUUCACAAUCUGAGCCCUGGAAUAUGGCAUGUGCUCCAUAGAUGUGAUAUAUUUAAUACAUUCAGGUCGUCAGCUGACUUCAUUUUAUUGCCACAUAACGUUGCUGAGUCUAGACCUGAGCAACUGAAGCAAUUCCAGAUCAUAACACUGCCUCCAGAGGCUACUACAGUGGACAUUAUGCAUGCUGUGUAUCGCUUCAUGCGCUUCCCUUCUUACCCCCACACACCGAUUGUUCUGGAAUAACUCAAUCCGGACUCACAUGACCUUUUCCCAUCGCACUGAACUUAAAGACAAAGCCUUUUUUUCUGAUAAGUCACACUAACAAGUGGUUUUCCUAUAGACACACAGCUGUUUCGUCCCAAUCCCGUGAGUUCUCAUCAUAUUUUGGAUGUAUGGAAAUGCUUUUACUCUCCUUUUUCAACAUAGCUCUAAUUUCUACUGCAUAGUUAGUACAAUGCAGCUCGACUAAACAUUUAAGUGUUGUCUAAUCACACUCAUUAUCAAGGUUUUUCUGUGAAGUUGAUGGUUCAGCACUAUCCCUCCAGGUCUAAAUAAUAUGCUGGGCAUUUCUUAGCGUUCCAAGAAUAUAAUCUGAAGCAUUCCCUAACAUUAUUCCAGUCGCUCUUAUAACGUUAAACAAACAUUCCAGGAAUUCCCAGAAAAUUGUACAGUACAGAAAAUUGUUUAAGGAACCUAAAAAUGUUUUCCAAAUAUCUUUUUUUAAUUGUGUAAAAAAAUAAGGUAAUACUGACAAAAUGAAACCAAACGAGGCAGACAAACAUUACACACUUACUGUAGCCAAACCUGAAGCUAAAGCUAGGAGUAAGAAAUUGUAAAACCUUAAGCAAGUAUUUUAUUAAUACAUUUUAAUCUACAUUGUCAAGGACUUGAAUAUGUACAUCUAUAGCAAAUCAUCAUAAGUCAAACUAGCCAUCACAAUUAGUUACAAAGUAAUAACCACUGGAAGAGCUCU